GCUCGAAUGCUGUUUUGGCGCAGUUUGACAAGAGCGCCAAGAUCACAGUAACCCACAAGAGGAAGCGUGGCACAUCACUUGCUGAGACGGCCGAUGGAGCGACUCUAGAGCCUCCUCCUAUUUCAAGCGGUGGGGUUGCCAACAGCGAAGCCCCGGAAGAUCUGUUGAAAGGAUAUGAUCAUCAACAGGAUGCUUGCAAGCCAAUGCAAGAAAACGCCACAGGAGAAACAACUAAGCCAUGUGCACAUGCAUCAAAGAAAGAACAAACGGAAAUUCCAGUAUGUGAACCAUUGCCAUGGACGCAGCAACCUGAGAAUUGUUCUGUCACCACUCUCCCUAUAGCGGAGUUGUGGAAUGAUAAAUUACAUUGCACCAAGGAUGCAGUUAAUCCAAUCCCCGCUUCCGGUUCUGUAUGGGAUCUCAGACAUGCUGAUGGGAAAAGUAAUCAAGCUGAGGCUUCUAAUAACUCUGCUCAUGCGGCAAUAAAUUCUCAUCAAGGGCCAGAAGAUACUACCAGACGUAAUAAAUGUAAGAACCGAUUUAGUCCUCAGUUCAUCUUCCGGAGGCGUGUUAAAAGGAAAAUUAAUUUGGAGGAGCCAGCAGAGAAAAAUUAUACUGAUGAUAACGGCAAAGAAUACUCAACACUGGCAUGUAACCCACAAAGUUUACCAGUUAAUGAUAUACCCUUGCUCAAAGUAACCGAUGCCGAUUCUUUGGAUACUGCAGAUACGCUGGUAGCUACAGAAGGAACAAGUACUGGACUAACCGAAUCAGCUGAACACUUGCUUAAACAAAAAAGUUCACGCAUGCUAAAAUCUACAGUGCAGCAUACAGUUUCCACACAGCAUAUUGAAGAUGUAAGAGCGGAGGAUUGGGGCAAAACUCUAGGUCGUGCUGUUGAGGCAGCAGAAGAAGCUGUUGAAAUGAAGGAAUUAUAUGAUGAUCCUCCAGAAUCCCAAUUAGGUUCAGCAAAACAUAUUCCAAUCAUUGUCUUGGACAGUGAUAAUGAUGAGAGGGCCAGGGGUAAACUGCCGGAAAAUUCAAAGGUGGUUCAGGAGGAAAACAAAAGAAAAUUUAAUUUAGAGAAGAUCAACCUCAAUUGUGUUGAAUUACCUCAAGAGAGGAUUCUCGGUCUGGAUGACUCAUCUGUUCAAAGGCUGCCAGAUCAGGAUCAUUUUGUUACUGGACAAAAACAAGUUUCUCAACCAAUUGAAAGGUUAUUUUUUACAAAAAAGAAAGAUGCUGUACAUGGUCAAGGACAACGUCAAGAGGGAACAUCAACAUUGCAUACCUUAUACUCAAGUUUGUAUGAUCCGACUCUUUCAUGGAAAGCUGGAAGUUCAAAGGGACCGAAGAGCAUGCCUUUAGAACUGAAAUCCAGAAUAAUGGAUAAGCCUCCUGAGUCCAGUUUAAAACAGCGCUUGGAUAGUUUCCAAUACAGUGGCAAGUCUAGUGGCAUUCAUUUGCUGACAGAAAGGAUCAGCACAUACUCCAACAAAAGACACCAGGUUCCCUGGUCGGAAGAAGAGUUAGAUUUUCUGUGGAUUGGAGUGAGGAGGUAUGGCACGAGUAACUGGAAUGCAAUGCUGAGGGAUACACGCCUACGGUUUUCAAGCUCAAGAAUGUCUGAGGAUCUUUCUGAACAGUGGAGCAAAGAGCAAAAGAAACUUCUCGGCAUUGAUCUUCAAUCAAUUAGAGCAUCUGCUCUAGGUUCUACACCGCCUCCCCAUAUAGCACAAGGUUAUGCUGGAAGCAGUUCCUGCAUUGGAUGGUCAAAGUCUCCAUUUCUUGCAGCCCAAUCAGAUCUUUCCUUGGACAAGGUGCACCUUGCGAAUGCUCAUGCUUUGGAUAGAGGCCUGCAUUAUUUGUCAAGCCUUGGCAGGUUUAGCCUUCAUGGAACUGACAAUGGUCCAAGAAAUUUGCCUCUGGGAGGUUUCACUGGAGCUUCUUCCUCACAUGGGAGAACUGGGAGUAGGGGUAGGAAGACAACCAAGCUUAAAAAGUCAUACUAUGACAACAGGUCACACUCGUGCGAAGAAGUACCAAAGAGUAUGUCGUCUCAGCUCCUUCCCAUCAACCAACAACCAAUCAACAGCCUUCCUCAAUGGCUUACAAUGAGCACUGAGACCGGCAAAAGCGGGCUCAACCCGAAGGCGCCAAGCCAUUCCACUGCAGAUCAACUGAAUGACAGCCGGAGAGCUGCCGCCUUUCUGUUCCCUGACAACAAGAAACCACAUGCCAUGCCUGACGUCUUUGAAGCUGGCGCUGAAAUGGAAAGCGGACUGGCGCAGUCUAGCAAGAAGCUUUUCUGGACCAGCAGUGACACCUUGGAUCUAAACAAGAGGGCCUCUGCUAUGGUGGCAGGGCCAAAUGGCGUCACCCCUAGCGACACCGGCGCGUCAUCUGAAGAGACGGUGUCAGAUAGCUGAAUUCCGUGUGCCAAGUUCCAUGAUAUUGCCAAUGUUAGUCCCUUCCGUUGUGUCACUUAACAAACUUGUUGUCUUUGAUGCUGAAGCUGCUGGAACACUAGUUGAGUAGCAAGAAAUGUUUUGCUGCAUCUGCUUUUUUUUUUAUUCUAGCAUAACUGGAAAUGAUUUAUUGGUGGUAAUUGUUCAUGGUUAUACCUGCCUAUA